AUGGCACCCUCUUUCUUCGAAACCUCCUCUCCUUCGCUUCUUACAGCGUCUGCUGUUCCUCAUUCUGCUGUAGCUUCUGGAUCUCAUCAACCAACGCUCGCAGUUGUCUUGGGUCUCGUCGGUGUCCUAUGCUUGAUUACUGUUGUCGCAGGUGUUUGCAUCUACAUCUUCCGUGGACGUCUCUUCUCUCCGGCCGCUCCCAUUAAUGACGAGGAGAACACUCAGUCUCAGGAGAAGAACGACAUGAAGAUGUCCGAGACGUCGAGCUGCCUGAGCGACGAAGAUGAAACGCUCGCGAACAUCAAGCCUAAGGAGUCAGACACACAGGGCACUGUUUUGCGCCCAUUUUUGCUGAGUAUUGAUAAGCCGACUGGAUCUCAAUACAAGGAGCUCCGCUUGCCGACGCUGCAGAGAACUCGAACAGACCCUGUCCGUUGCCACUCCAAGGCAAUACUGAAGCAUAAUAGCAUGCCAUAUGACCCGAUUAGCCGCGAUGUCGGAGCGCCGUCUACUGGGAACAUAGCUUGUUCAGUACUGCUCAGGGCCUCGCAAAGCUGCCCUGCGGUCAUUGAGCUUAUCAAGAUCAAUUUGAAUGUUCCCGCAACAUCUACAGCUAUAGAGGAACACUACGAGUCCACUCCAAUGCCGCUUGAGCUUACCGAGAAGCCCUCCCAACCGCUUUCCUCUCUUCCUUCUUCCGAUUCGUCGGACAGCGUCUACAGUCAAAGUAGCUGCUCCUCUACUCCGUCUUCUCCAUUCUUCUGGGAUGACUAUCUCAACAACAUGCCGGAUGAUCUCUUCUACAAGCCAGAACCUGAGCCGAUGCCAUCUCCGAGUGCUUCUCCUGCCGAAUCUCAAGCCGAAACCCUUUGUGCGCCAGUUGAGGACUCAGUUGAAACGAAGGUUGACGCUGAGGAGCUGGAGCUGCAGAAGCCAUCCGAGAUUACUCCAGAACCGCAUAUCGAAAUCCAAGUUACGUCCUUUGUCAAGACGGCGACUGACGACAAGAAAAAACGCACCACCAGUCUCAAACGUUCUUCUGUCAUUUCGAACCGUAAGCGAACGUCGCUGAUUCGCGUCCGGUCCCGAUCUCGCAGGGGCAAGCUACAAUCCGCGAUGCACUACGUCAAACGACGUGGUUCGAACUUUCGUACCAGUCAUUAUCAGAAGCGUGCCAGCAUCACCGACCCAUUUCUUAUCCCUGCUUUCGGUGAGGCCGAGCAAUCCUUGUCAACAUCGUCUGAUUCCUCAAGGCCGACGUUCAAGCUCAACGACGAACCCGCAGACGACAGUGUCUUCAAAACACCUCCACGCUUCUUCAACCGUCUCACAAGUCCUACACGCAACCCAACACUGCUCAACACUCGCUGGAAACCUCGUCCCGUCAUCCCUCCAUUGACCAUCACAGUCUUCUCAAGAGACCGCUCCGCAAACGCGACGAAGUACCCAGGACGUAGGUUUACGAUCUCUCCUCCUGCUGGUACGACUCUCGCCGAGUUCCGUAGAACCGUUGAGCGUACGCUGGGACUUGAAGUGAGGGCACUGCGUGGAAUGGUGUUCAUUGGGAAGAGAUCGAUGUUCCUGCCGUUGCUGACGGAACGGUUCUAUGUCCAGUGGGCGAAGGAACGUAUGCGUGAGGGUGGAAUUGGAGUUGUUGAGGCUUGGCAUACCGGCAUACCAUUAUCUGCGCCGUUUGGUCUCACCUCUUGA